AUGUCGACCAUCUUCAAACGCUUCCCCUCCUACCGCAACUUCAAGGUCAACCUCCAUGACAUCGAGGAGAACCUCAGGACCUUAUGUCCGGAGGCCCAGCAUCUAGAGAACCUCAAGGCGUCUGUGGGGCUUGCGAGGAGGGAGUCGGACUUCGACCAUAUAGACAUCGAGACCUUCAAGAGGGUGUUUGGUUUCCAUUUCAGCUCAGAAGACGAGAACACAAAGACGAGGGCCGGGUUCAGCGGCCGCUUACUUACACGCUUCACUGAGUCACCCGAUCAAGUGCUGUUUGGAGUUGUCGCCGGGAGCCUGAAUCAAUCAGCCCAGCUUGCCAAGUUGGGCUCGGACAUUUAG